AUGUCCGUUCGAGUGACCCGGGAGACCAGAAAUACCUCCCAACUUAAUAUGAUCUUAAAGUAUAUUGAGGAAUCAUUGGAAUCAUUGACACUAGAACGAAAGCAAGAUAUCGUCGAGAUUAGUCUUUCUGCCUAUGAAUUAGAUAGUGUUGAUGUACGCGAAGCAAUACAUGAGAAAUAUGACGCUGAGAUAAUUGGGAAAAAUAUGUUUAUAAAA